GGAAUGGAUGGAUAGAUGGACACGUAUAUUCGCAAUUUCCGAGCCAAUAGCUCGUAGUUUAUCUCUCUUGUGCCCUUGCUUUCUGGUUUUCGCCUAUGUUUUCAUUGUCGGUACAAGAGUCUAGAGAGGGGGAGGGAGUGGCUGCUCUUCUGUCUGUCUUUGAUCCUUGCUUUCAUCUGAUUCGUAAUGGAGCGGUACGAGGUGCUGAGAGACAUUGGUUCUGGUAACUUUGGCGUGGCUAAGCUGGUUAGGGAUGUGCGAACCAAAGAGCUCUUUGCCAUAAAGCUCAUCGAGAGAGGACACAAGAUUGAUGAGCACGUUCAGAGGGAAAUCAUGAACCACAGAUCACUGAGGCAUCCAAAUAUAGUUCGAUUUAAGGAGGUCUUGUUAACCCCGACGCAUCUAGCCAUUGUUAUGGAAUAUGCUGCUGGCGGCGAGCUUUUUGAGAGGAUAUGCAAUGCUGGAAGAUUCAGUGAGGAUGAGGCAAGAUUCUUCUUUCAACAACUUAUAUCAGGUGUGAGCUAUUGCCACUCCAAUCAAAUAUGUCAUCGAGAUCUCAAGCUAGAAAACACACUCUUGGAUGGUAGCCCGGCACCCCGCCUUAAGAUAUGUGAUUUUGGUUAUUCCAAGUCCUCAGUCCUGCAUUCUCAACCAAAGUCAACUGUUGGCACACCAGCUUACAUUGCUCCUGAGGUUUUAUCCAGAAGGGAAUAUGACGGGAAGAUUGCAGAUGUUUGGUCAUGUGGAGUAACGCUGUACGUAAUGCUGGUCGGAUCUUAUCCCUUUGAGGACCCAGAGGAUCCUAGGAACUUCCGAAAGACACUUGGUCGGAUACUUAGUGUGCAGUACUGCAUCCCGGAUUAUGUUCGAGUAUCGAGAGACUGUGCGCAUCUUCUUUCUCGGAUAUUUGUAGCCAACCCUGAGCAGAGGAUCACAGUUCCAGAGAUCAAAAACCAUCCUUGGUUUCUGAAGAAUCUGCCCAUGGAGCUAACAGAUGGGUAUCAACAUGGUUUGGAGACCGGUGACGCAAUGGCUCCAACUCAAAGCAUCGAAGAGGUCAUGGCCAUAAUUCAAGAGGCACAGAAUCCAGGAGAGGUUCCAAAGCUUGGCCAUGGCCACUUCAUUGGAGGUGGCAGUAUGGAUCUUGAUGACAUGGAUGGUGACAUGGACCUUGAUGACAUCGAAACAAGUGGGGAUUUUGUGUGCGCUCUCUGAGAGUUCAUCAGAAGGGUUGCCAUGGUCCCUCCUGGUGUGCAUAUGGCAGUGUUUUUGGCUGAAGCUGCAUGCUGUAUGAUAUGUGCUCCUCUUUUCUUCUUCCUUUUGUGAGGAACAGUAACAAUUUUACUUGUUCUUGUUGUUCAGUGGAUUACAGAUUACAAAUGGCUUUCUCUGA